CGCUCGUGCUGUACAGAAAUCAAAAACUGUUUCGUCAAUUGCAGCAAGCUGUAUGAAUAAAAUUCGCGGUUAUCAAAAAGCAAGAUGUCAUCCCCUCCACCCGGCAACCCGCUGCCGCCAGCCGGAACGAACAUGGCACCAAAUAGUACGCCGCCUUCGAACGCAAACAAUGCCACUUCUAGCCUUACCUCUACCGACCCCGCCUGGCAGGGCACCAAUGAAGCUGUCCGCGACCUACAUCGAAAGGCCUUAGAACAGUUGAAUCGAAGUGCAGGUGGGAGUUCAGCUAGUGUAUGGUGACAUCUUUUUUCUACUCAAGGAACGAAUUGGUAACUUCUAUCUAAUGAAAGGACCACCGCGCAUCGCCACGUGAUUGAUUGAUAUCUAAUGAAAGAGAAAGCGCCUACAAUCUAAAGAGUUUCAUCAUCCUUUUACAAGUCCUUCAGAAGCUACAAGUGCGCUGCUUCUAGUUUCAGUACUAGAGCAAGGCGAUCGUGCAGAACAUCGUGUUUUUCUAAUUCCAGACGACAUCCAAGUCCGUGAUGGUGGUCAACCUGAACCAUUGGGCUACUUCACUUACCAAACUCUUGCGCUGCCAGGCGGUUUUCGUCGCGGGGCACAAAGGCAGCUGGCGGCGGAAGCUAUUGGAGGAGAAAUUUCACCUCUAAUAUAUACUGUGGAGCAAAACAAGUCGGCGACUCCCUUUGCAAAUGAGCCGGCAGCAUCGGCGACUCCCUCUGCAAAGGCUGCUGCACUUACGGCUUACCCUUUCGAACCACAGCAAGGACACGUAGUAGAAGACAACGCAACUACAACAGUCGACGCAGUAUUCGAAGCUGUAUUUGAGGGUUCAGGGCCGCCACCGGAAC